AUGCCUUCGUUGGAUCUUAGACUUAACAUAUUACUCAUUCUUAUUUAUGGUGGGCAGGAUGGACAAGAAAUUAGAGCGCAACUUGACGUUGCUGUAUUAAAUGUAAGCGCUACUCCAAAUACUUAG